AUGUCGAAGAAAUCGGAGGCUCCGCUUUCCUUGUCCGAUUGCCUCUGCCAAAUUUGCAUGGAGAUCUUUGUGGAGCCCGUGACGCUGCCAUGCAACCAUACGCUCUGUAACUCUUGCUUCCAGCUGACGGUUGAAAAGGCCAGUCUUUGUUGCCCUUUUUGUCGGCGUCGAGUCUCUUCUUGGGCACGAUAUAACGCCCGCAGAAAUACUCUUAUCAACUGGGAACUCUGGGAAAAGAUUCAGAAGAAUUACCCGAAGGAGUGUGAGCGUAGAAUUAAUGGACAGGAUUUGGAAGAGGAAAUAUGUGUCCCCCAUCCACAACACCAGCUGAGCAAGCCUGGGGAACUGAGGCAGGAAUAUGAAGCUGAGAUUAGCAAGGUGGAGGCAGAAAGGCGAGCACAUGAACAAGAGGAGAACAAGGCAAGCGAGGAAUACAUUCAGCGGCUUCUAGCAGAAGAGGAGGAGGAACGCAGGUUGGCAGAAGAGAGACGGAGGGAGAUGGAGAAACAGCUGAAGCAAGACGAAGAGUUGGCCUGGCAGCUGAGUAACAGUCUGAAUGACGAUUCCAAAGAACACAUGCUCAGCAGUCCUUCACCAGCAGGCAGUCUCUUAUCUGAAACAUCCCCGACUAAUUUGUGCAAGGUGAAGAACAAACCAAGCAACUCUGGAGACAUUCAGAAGUAUCUGUCUCCAAAGCUUCAUCAUACGUCGGGAUCAGCAUCAUUCUCUAGAACAACAGAAAGAGGCAGGAGUGACUCUGGCUCUGUGGACGUCAACAGCAAUGAGGGCAGCAGUUCUGCGUGGCAAGAUGAGCAAGAGGAAAUGCCGACGCUGUCUCCACAGCUGACUGGUAUGGUUAAAGAUUCCAGUGCUAAGGAUUUGUUUUUGGAAUCGUGCAUGAAGUAUUUCAGUGCCUCAGCUUCAGGGGAAACCACCGCUGCCAAGCAGGAAAAAGCACCAGGACCAAAUUGUCUAGAAGACGAAGCUCCAGAUGUGCUUCGUGGCAUGACAGAAGGGGAAGGGUCUAGAACAGUCCUUCGUAGAUCCGAAGGAGAUGGUGAUGGAAUUGAGUCAGACAGUGGCAGUUUAACACAUGUAGAAAGCAUAAACCUUGAAAACUCUGCUAAAACUUGUACCUCUGCUCAGUCAGCAACAAAUUCCGUGAUGUCUGACAGCACAAGUGUACUGUGUGAUCUCGUGAAGGUGGCUAGACACUCAGAUGAAGAGAAACCAGAGAGAUUGCAGAACACUAAGGAGACACCAAAAAGAAAGUUGGUGGAGCCACCAGCUGAAGCAGUGGUUGACUCGUGCACGCUUGAUAAGAGGAGAAGAACUUUCCCAGAAAGUUUAGAGGACCAAGAGGAGCAGAUAAAUUAUUUCAACUUGCAAAUGCAGAAGGCCUUUGAGCAGGAGCUCUAUGAAAGGCGUAUGCAGGAGGAGCAGGACAGGCUUCUGGCUCUGCAGCUACAAAAACAGAUCAACAAGGAGGAAAAGACACUUAAUCGACAAAAGGGUUCCCCAGAUGAGUACCAUCUUCGCACCAAACCACCUCAGUCUGUGAAAGACUCUCCUGCUAGAAAGGGAAGUUCUAAGAUGGCAAAAGACUCAAAAGUUCCAAAAAAACAGGCUGAAACAAAUCACCGCAAAACUCGGAGAGGUUCUUGCAAUGAAAACUGGCAGUCCCCUACCAGAGUCCGAAUGAAAUCGCCUAGCAUCAAGGGAGGAAAAGUUUUGAAUUGUGUGGUUAAUACCAGUGACUCCAAUGAUAUUUGUUCACUGCCUAAGAAUAAGCAAAAGACAAUCCUUCAGAUGUUUAAAAGCUCUGUUGCGGAGUAG